CUUUGUAAUCUACCAAACACGGUGCAAAACUUCUGAGAGAAGCACACGAACAAAUUACACACGUAGAGAGAACUUACACAGUUUAGAGAGAGAAAGUGAGAGAGAGAGAGAUGGGGCAGGCAUUUCGUCGAGCAUCUGGAAGGAUCCAAAGUUCGAGUGUCGAAACGUCUUCGUCCUCCUCGUCGCAGUUGAAGAAAGCCGUUGAGCGCCGGCCACCGCCUGUUACUGUCGACAAGCUCACCGCCGAUAAGGUCACUCCUGAUUCCGAUGGUGAAUCAGGAAUUAAUGCUGACAAAAUCCCACUCGAAGAACGUGAUUCGCAGUAUGAUGCUAUGCUCAGUCGGAUGGUGGGUAGGAUUAGAGCUAAACCUGGUGGGAAACUUGAGAUGGGUGAGGCAAUUGUGGUUGAAAAGUACAACAGGCCCAUGCCAAAAUUGAGAAAUACAACGCCAGAUUCUGGUAGAUACGAGGGAAGAACUGCUCCUCCUGGAACACUGAAUGUGGCACAAAUACGCCACGUUAUCCUCUUGUACCAAGGCAAGGCUGAUGAUCAUGAUGGGCCUAUGAACAUUGACCAGAUUUCCGAAAAGUUCCGGGUUGAUCCUGAGCAGGUUCAGAGGAUCGUGCAACACCUUUCAUUGCCUCCCGUGAACACUAGUAAACAGAAAUAUGAUCAAUAAUGGCUGUUUUUAAUUUGUUAUGCUUCACUGAUGGGGUUUUUUCUGUUUAAUGAGGGGUCCGUCUUUCAGGAAUGGCAAGGUAGUGAAUUUCACUGAAAUGACUUAAUUCUCACAUAUUAUUUUGUGUAGGAAAUUUUGUAUGAUUUCAUUUAUUUGUGGCCAGAGUUGGCGAGGUUACUUACUCUGAUGGGAAGUUAUUAUUGGGAUCAAUAACUGGAAACUCCUUGUUCUGGAACUUUGGAGCUACAUUUCUAACCCUUUGUAGCAUCAACCAUGAUGUAUGAAAUCCAAUUCUGUAAUUAUAUUUUGGAAAAUGAUUUGGAGUCCAAAA